GGGCACAGAGCUCUCAUGGUGCUCUGGGUGAUUCUCCUCUGUACCUUGCUAGCAUUGCUGCUCGGUGGGCUCUACCUCCUGGGCGCGUUUCGGAGACGGAGACCCGAUGAGCCGCCUCUGGACAAAGGUACCAUUCCCUGGCUGGGUUACGUGCUGGAUUUCAGGCAGGACAGUUCAGAGUUUCUAAAAAGGAUGCAGAGGAAACACGGGGAUAUUUUCACGGUGCUGAUCGGAGGCUAUUACUUCACCUUUGUGAUGGACCCCUUCUGCUUUGGAGCCAUCGUGAAGGAAUCACGAUCUAAACUAGACUUUAGGACUUUUGCAUCUAAACUGGUCCUGCAGAUUUUUGGCUAUAAGCCCGUCGAAGCCACCCAUAGCAUAAUACAUGCAUCGAGCACAAAGCAUCUGAUGGGAGACGGACUCACUGUCAUGACACAAGCUACCAUGGAGAACUUUCGGAAGCUGAUGCUUUUCAAUCUGAGCUCAGGAGAGGAGAAGCGAGUGUGGCAAGAGGAUAGCCUCUUCCAGUACUGCUACAACAUCGUCUUCAGAGCUGGGUACCUGGCUCUGUAUGGCACUGAACCAUACCAAGGGGCGGAUAACAAGGAGAAAGCUAAUGAGCAAGAUCGCAUCCACUCCAACCAGCUGUUCCACGAGUUUCGGAAGUACGACCGCCUCUUCCCUCGCCUGGCCUAUGCUAUAUUGCCUCCCAAGGACAAAACAGAAGCUGAACGGCUGAAGAGGCUCUUCUGGAGCAUGCUGUCCGUGAGGAAGACCUGGCAGAAGGACAAUAUCAGUGGGUGGAUAAGUGAUCAAGACCAGCUUCUGGCAAAAAAUGGUGUCCCUGAGUACAUGCGGGAUCGUUUCAUGUUUAUGCUCCUCUGGGCAUCCCAAGGCAACACGGGCCCAACUGCCUUCUGGCUCCUCUUGUAUCUAAUGAAACAUCCAGAAGCUAUGAAGGCUGUGAAGGAUGAGGUAGAUAAAGUCUCAAGGGAGAGCGGCCAGGAAGCGAAACCAGGGAGCCCACCAAUUAACAUCACUAGAGACAUGUUAAACCAGACUCCUCUUCUGGAUGGUGCUCUGGAGGAGACCCUGAGGCUGGUUACAGCCCCAAUACUGGUCAGAGCUGUCCUCCAGGACACCAGCCUUAAGACGAGCAGCGGGACAGAGUACACUCUCCGCAAAGGAGACAGGGUGGCUCUGUUCCCGCACAUCUCUGUGCAGAUGAACCCAGAAAUUCACCCCAAGCCUCACGAAUUUAAGUACGACCGCUUUGUAAACCCAGACGGUACCAAGAAAGUUUUCUACAAAAAUGGGAAGAGGCUGAAAUACUUCAACAUGCCGUGGGGGGCAGGAGUAUCCAUUUGUCCCGGGCGGUUCUUCGCUGCCACUGAAAUGAAACUGUUUGUGUUCUUGAUGCUGAGUCACUAUGACCUGGAGCUGGUCAAUGGAGAAGAGGAGAUCCCAGCGAUAGACGUCAGCCGCUGGGGAUACGGGACGAUGCAGCCUGUUCGUGACGUUCGGUUCAGAUACCGGCUACGCUUUUAA